UUACAAACCAGAGAGAGAGAAAGAGGGAGGGAGAGAGAGAGAGACCCUUGUAUUGAAUUGAGAGAGGCAGAGGCAGAAAUAUAGAAACAGCAGCAGCAAUAGCAGAAGCAGCAGAGGAGGAUCGAGGCAGAUUUCUAGACCACCAUUAUGGAUUGAGACGAAGAGGGAACCCUGCCACCAUGACCAGGCCAGCUGGAGGUGGGAGACUGUCUUUGUCUCAAUAUUUUCCCCAAUCGAAGCAGCAGAUGGUUAGAGGGAGAGUAGGAACUUCCCCCUCCUAAAUACACACACACACAUACACACUAGCUAAAUAUCCUAGCUAGAAGACUGUUCUUUGUUUGUGUUUUGGGGGAAUCAUGUUUUUCCUGCUGUGAAGAGUACGCUCUACCACCCUAGUAGAUCAGAGCCCUGAAGGAGUAGAGGAAGAGGAGGAGAAGAGAGGGCAGACAGAGGGGAUAAGGCUUGUGAAAAUCCCUCUGUUCAGAAGGAUUUGGAGGGGGACAAAGCAGGGACUAAUACCUCCCACACUGGAAUAAGAGCAGGGACUCUGUCGUUUGGAAUGGUUUUCUGUCACUGAUGAACUGGACAGUUGUUGUUUACCGGAUUGCAAUUUAUGGGGCUGUUUUUCUCCUGAAUGCAAGUUCUUUUGAUUGGGAGGAAAGGAAGUGUGUGUUGUUUUGAUUGGGAGGAAAGGAAAUGUGUGUUGUUUUGCUCUGUGUCGAGAGAAGAUUUCACCAGUGGACAUUGACAUGAGGUAAGAGCCAUGUGACUAAACUGAUUUCUUCGUCUCUCUGACAGUCAUCACUUGGACGUCAAUGUCGAGAGAGGAGAAGGAGCACACACGAGGACUGCAGCACUCCCAAUCCCACAUCUCCCAAUCCUAACCCUCGGGAGCUAAUCCAGAUUUGGGAAUGUCGCGCAUGGAUUGCUGAGUGGACAAAACCACACAGCCAGAAUCUGUACACUCUUCUUCUCGGAAUUCUGAUCAUCUUCAUGGUUUUGUUUUUGGACGAUCCACCACGACCUCAAACCACCCCAGCGACUCGUUUUGUCUUCUUUUAGCCCCAGUUUAGAGACUGAUUUUGGGCUUCCGGGCGUUGAGGUAACCUGGUAGUUUGGCCCUCACACAGGUCCAGCCUUCUCCUGACAGGGCCUGGAUUUACUGCUGCAGUCCUGGGAGUCAGGUUUCAUGCAACCAUUCCAAUGGUGUAACGGAUGCCUGUGGUUUAGGUCUCCAGCACUUUGAGAAGUACUGUGGACAUAGCAAGAUGGAUACCACUUACCACCUGCCACUCAAUGUCUACGUGAUAGUGCUGGGCAUCGGCCUGUUCGUCUUCAUGCUCAGCCUCAUCUUCUGCUGCUACCUCUUCAGGUUGAAACAGCAAGGGACGAGGGAGCAGUUCAGCUACAACGAGGUGGUUCUUAAAGGGGCAGGCAAGAAGCUGAGCCUUCUAGGACAAACGUGUGCAGUAUGUUUGGAAGAGUUUCGGACCAGAGAUGAGCUAGCCGUGUGUCCGUGUUCACACGCAUUUCACAAGAAGUGCCUGCUGAAGUGGCUGGAGAUCCGUAGCGUGUGCCCCAUGUGUAAUAAACCCAUCCUCAGGCUCCACCCAGACCCCACACAGGGAACUGAGGGGCCCCAGGACCCAGAGGAGGUGUGAAGGACCCACAGGGGCCACCACGACCGCCAUACGCACCUGUACACAUUUACACAGAAUUGAUGGUCAUUUUAUGGGCAUCACAGAGUCGAUUGUAUUCUUAAAGUGGCUUCCAUGGUGUUAGUCUUUGACUGAGCAUUAAUCAAUAUGGCUGGGGUUUGGGUACUGUAUAUGGAUGUUGAUUACACCCGUCCAGGCCUUUCAGAUCGUCAAGAAAGUCAACGAUGACCGAGGGGGCAGGGCGCAAGAGAGUGUUUCAGGAUCGGGCCCUACUAGUUUAGCAAUGGAACCUAAAACAUGAUGACUCUAACCUUGAGGGAUGUGGUGUUUGGAAUGUGGCCAUACUAGCAUGCCAAUGGGGCUUCCUGCAAGAAAUGAAGGAUAGGGUAGGAGGUCAGGUGCAGCAGGUCAGUUUGGGAUUGGGCCCUCCUAGCGUAGCAGUGGAGCUUCAUAAAACUGCCGUCUAGCCUCCCCCUUUAGAUCAGGGAGAAUGAGUAAAGGCCAUACGGACACUCAUGACCCGAAUAUUCAUUUUGCAGGUCAGCAGCGUACUAAUAGUAUCUCCAGUGAGAAUGAGAGGAAAGUGACAUAGAAACGGGAGCCACUUUAGAAUACCGAGUUCUCCCCCAGUCAUUGGACGAUGCCUGAUACAACACUGCCAGAAACAGCCAAUCACAAACGACACGUCAGGCAUUCUGAGAAGGUCAUUGGUCGAGUAUCAGGAUUGAUGUAAAUGGAUACCUCUUAUACCUCAGGGGUGUUACAAUACAAGCCAGCACAAACAUGCCAUUCAAUACCAUGUGCCACACACAGAACAUGUCCAAUACUGCCAACUCCAACCUAGGUAACACGAUACUGAGGUCGUCGAAACAUUGGACACGUUCCAGGCCGACUACAUUGCAGUCGAGCAAAUGCGGUUAGCUGACAUGUUAAACACUUAUCCAGGCGUGGAGAUCCGGCAAGAGACUGCAAAGUAGUUGGUCUGGAACGCGGCCAAAGGCUGGAAUCACAAAACCAGUCCAAUACCAACAUCACAGCAACUCUGAUGUACAGAACUAUAUAUCCAUGAGUGUCAGAAAUGGCACCCUAUUCCUUACACAGUGCACUACCUUUGACCAGAACCCCAUGCAGGCCCUGGUCAAAAGUAGUGUACUAUAUAGGCAAUAGGGUGCCAAUUUGACACAAACCAGGUCCAUAACCUCAGACUGAUAGACAGCUAGUCUUGCCUGUAUGUAUGUACGUAACGUGACCCCCUCCAUCUUGUCAUUUUGUACCGUUUGUUGCUUUUAAAUAAAAUAUGUAUCAUCUC